AUGACCUGCCAGGCCUUCAGCACCACCGACUCCUUCACAACUCUGAGCGGAGAUUCGGCUGCUCUGCCGCUGCUCAUGCAUCACAGCGGAGCCGCAGACUGUCUGCCCGUCUCCAGCCAUGCUGCCAACAUGGUGAAUCCAGUCCACUCAGGUCUCCCACUGGUCCAGUCAUCCAAACGCUCUCAUAUGCACCUGUCCACUUCUGCUUUAAGUAAUGCGUCAGCCAGCCUGCACUACCCAAUGCCCCCAUGUCACUAUAGCAACCAGCAGACCACCUACGGCAUGAUGGCAGCACAGGAAAUGCUCUCUGCCAGCAUCUCCCAGACCCGCAUCCUGCAGACCUGCAGCGUGCCUCAUGCCAACAUGGUCAACGGAGCCAACUCACUGCAAGGAGCUCUGGCUCCACGCCUCUAUAAGUUCCCCGAGCACGGUUUGGGUGGGGGCUCUUGUGCUUUGACCCACAGCUUCCCGCCGCUGCCCCAGGCCCUGCUCACGGACGAACCCACUCUAGGUGACAUCAAGCAGGAGCUGCGCAGGAAAAGUCGGCCCCUGGAAGAGCCGCCCGAUAUGGACUCACCUCAGAUCCGUGAACUGGAGAAGUUUGCUAAUGACUUCAAGCUGAGGAGGAUCAAACUAGGUUACACACAGACCAAUGUGGGUGAAGCACUGGCGGCUGUGCACGGCUCUGAAUUCAGCCAAACCACCAUCUGCCGCUUCGAGAACUUGCAGCUCAGCUUCAAAAACGCCUGCAAGCUCAAAUCUAUCCUGGCAAAGUGGCUGGAGGAGGCUGAGCAAGCCGGUGCUCUUUUUAAUGAGAAGAUGGGCAUGCAUGAGCGUAAACGGAAACGGAGAACAACCAUCAGUCUUGGGGCUAAGGAAGCCUUAGAAAGAAAUUUUGUGGAGAAGAGCAAGCCGUCGUCUCAGGAGAUUGUGCGAAUGGCAGAGGGUCUCCAUCUGGAGAAGGAGGUGGUCCGCGUGUGGUUCUGUAACCGCCGGCAGAGGGAGAAGAGGGUGAAGACCAGCCUACACCACAGCUCGUUCAUGGCCAAAGAGACUGCAGCCUGUAGACCCUGAAGAACCAGAGUCUCAGCGAUGAUGUACUGUGUGAUUGUCCAUAGGCAAAAAAUCAACAACAAACUUUGGCAGCGAGUGUGUUUUUUGUACUGACUCACCAGCAGGAGUGAGUGAGAAUGUACAGUGACCCCAAAAAGUAUUUGAGCACACCUAAAAAUGUCUGAAUGUUAACUCAUAGAUAACACACUAUGACUUUCUGAAACAUUUGGUCUCAUUUGAAACAGCUGAAAGUUCACACAGGUGUCCUAUCAGAAUAACCACAGGGGUAAUUCAUCACAUUAAAGGUGCCAUCGAAUUGAAAAUUGAAUUUACCUCGGCAUAGUUGAAUAACAAGAGUUCGGU